CAGUGUCUUUCUCAUCACUGCUGCAGGUUCAACAUUAGAACAAUUCAAACAUUAAAUCAACUCGUUAAAAAAGUAAGGAUGGCAGUUUGGGACAGAAAGAUUUCCUGUUGCUUCACGUUACUGCUCGCUGGAGCUCUGGGUCAAAGAGUGAACUAUCCAGAUCCUGUUUGUGGUGUGAAAGGAUCGACCGUCACCCUCCCCUGCUCCUUCACACCACGGGAGUCUGUCGAUGAUGAUCCAGGAGUUUUGAUCGAGGUCGUCAGAGUCGCCUGGUGCACCGAUGACUUCUGUCAGCUUACCGCUAAAUCUGUGUACGACAGCGAAUCACAGAACAACGACCCUCGUUACAGAUACCUGGGAGACAAGAAGGGAGACUGCACUUUACAGAUCUCAGAUUUACAGGAGGAAGACGACACAACUUUACGCUUCAGAGUGGUAGCUAAUGAUCCCAGAGCAACUUUUACUGGCCGAUCAGGAGUGAGAGUCACAGUCGUAGAUGGUGCUCAGAUGGAGAUAAGAAGCUCCAGAGAUGACGGAGAGUUCAAAAGAGGAGAAGUCACACUGAGCUGUUCUGCUGGAAGCUGCACUAUCCACCAACUGGAGGUCACCUGGUUCAGAGAUGGCUCCGCCCUCUCAGAGUCUGGCCCCGCCCUCCAUCUCAGCUAUCUGACUGCAAAGGAUUCUGGGAACUACACCUGUGGUUUGAAGAGGAACAACCGCUCCCUCUCCGCCCCGUACAGCCUGCACGCGGAGGCUGACGAGGCAGAAGCAGCAGAAGAGGAAGGAACUAAAGUCUUUGACCCACUGCUGGCUGUUCGUCUGCUUCUCUUCACUCUGCACACUGUUCUCAUCGUCAUAGUAAUGGCCAUCAUCAUCAAAAGGACGUGCGUUCGCAAGAAAGCAAACAUGACUGUGCAGAGUCAGAACUAAACAUGGAGAAGCAGCGUUCAGUUUUAAUGCUCCACACAUCUGGAACAACCUCCCAGAAAACUCUCAGCUCCACCGCAACUCUCGCUCACUUCUUUUAAAUCAAGGCUGA